AUGGCAGGAGCGCGAACCUCGCACUUUGGCAGAUUGGCGGCCAGGGUUGCAAAGGAAGGGGAGGUGAUAUUAUCCAAGGCACCCUCUCAGCGCGUUUACCUCAUGAUUUCCUACAGCCUCACGGCGACUUGUUUCGCCUGCGCAGCCGUCUACUCACCCUUACUGCUUGGCAACACUCCCGACCCUUUGGCGACAUGGAUCAAAGUCCUCUACGGGGGCGUCUGUGUCGCCAUGAGCGCUCUGGGCACCAAGUUCUUGCUCCCUACCGGUAGGCUCAUCCAGAAGACUACCGCGGUCAUGGCCAACAAUGGGACACAUGUGCGCUUCGCCGUGCGGCGCAUGGUGCCCUUUUUGAAGCCUCGCCAGUUGGAGGCUCUGCCGCAGCAGAUUACAAUUGAGCGCAAGUUGGUCAUCUCGCCCGAGUCAUUGGAGCGCUUGCAGAAGGGGCAGGUUGGAGGGCAUGGCACGCAACCACCAAGCUUCUUUAAGAUGCCAAUCCAACGUCUGAGCAUGAUGACUUUCAAGUUUUCUCAGAAUGUGCGACAGGUCUUCACCAAUGAGGAUUUGAUUUUGUUGAAUGUGGAAGGUCAAGGCCGAAAUAAGAAACUUCUCCUGGAUUCCAAUGGGUUCGUGUCGAAGGACUUUCUGAGCAUUGGUGAGCUCGUCCAGACACAACGACAGAAGUGA